AUGCUGUGGUUAAGACUAAAAUUACAAUUAAUACCCUGCAUUGCUGAAGAAGUGUCUAGAGCUUGUGAACUUUAUCAAAUGCUCCUACAAGAGGCGGGAACUGGUGACAAAUCAAAGCUAAAAGAACUCACUCUGCUUCAAGCCUCUAUUAGAGGCAGGAUUCAGGAGUUUGAAGACUUUUUUGAAGAAAACGCAGAGCAUCCUUUUAUACAAUUCUUUGAAAAACAAAAACUUCGACUGAGGAAGCUUCUUCAAAUGGAAAUUCCAAAGCCAAAACCUGUUGAAAAGCCAUAUGAACCAGAAAUCAUUAUAGAAAAAGCUCCAGAUAAGCCAAAGUCAAUCUCCACUGACGAUUUCGUCAAGGAUUUACUCCAAAAACCAUCAAAAAGGCUGGAAUCUGCCUCUCAGUCUCAAUUUAACCUCCAAGGAGACUGGAAAGAACUUGUGUUCAAAAUAAAGCUAACGAGAGAAGAAUACAAUAAACUGAUGAUAAUGAAAUCGAAAAGACCAGUGAGAUUUUAA